AUCCCUUUUAUACUUAGUAAAUAUAUAGACACCAUGAAAAAGAUCGAAGCUGAGACCGAGUGGCUGCGAUCUACGAUUCUUCCGAAGAUUCUCAAAAACGGACGCCUGGUGGAGAACUACAGCGAUUCCAAGGCAAACACCUUCAAAGUGGGAGACAUCGAGAUUGAUGUGAUCGGACACAAGGAGGCCUUUAUGCUCACUUUUUGCUACCGGGCCAUCAUCAACUUUGAAUAUGACGAAGAAAAGUUUCAACACAAAAUGGUCGUUAAGAAAACUCAUGAAAUGUCCCCAGAAAUGUAUGACGCCGUCCAGUUUGGAUCACUCUUCAGCAACGAGAUAAACUUUUACACGGAAAUUCUCCCAGAGAUACAAAAGCUGACUGGGGGAAAGUUCGCCGCUCCCAAGUAUUAUUACAGCGAGUUGAAUCGGUAUUCAGCAGUGGUCAUCCUAGAGAAUUUCUCCGAGCAGGGAUGGCGGGUGACGAAGGAUCGGGUAGGCCUAAGCCUGAAACACGCUCUCAUUGCUGUGGAUUACCUAGGAAAGUUUCAUGGUUUUGCCUACGCCAUAAAGCACACGAAUCCGGAGAAGUUUGCCCAACUGACCAACUGUUUGAGGGAAUCUCGUUACGCCACCGAUGAGCUUCAUCCAGAGUGGGUACUCAGUAUGAAGACCAUUAUAAAAAGAAUAGUCAAGGCUGUGGGCACCUUUCAACCUCAGAUUGACAAAGAGUUUGUGAAGCACUUGGCAAACGUGAUCUCGGAUUUUAGACUUUAUGGUAGACAACGAGUUGCGCGGAGGGAACCACUUGCAACACUUUCCCACGGUGAUUAUUUACGGAAUAAUGUCGCAUACAAAUAUAAUGACAAGGAGGAACCGCUGGAGAUCAUGAUGUUCGACUACCAGACUUUGCGUGACUCCUCUCCCAUGAUUGAUCUUUCAGUGUUUCUGGCAUUAUCCAUUUAUGCCGAUGUUCGAUAUCAAAACUUUGAGGAAAUCUUCGAGAAAUACAGCUCGGCGUUAUAUGAUAGCUAUAGGGAGCACGCCAAGGAUGAGGUUCCAGAGAGCAUGAGUCGUGCAGAGCUUCUAAAGGAAUAUGUUCGAUUCCUGCCGUAUAGUGUGUCCAUAACGGGCAGUUUCCUUAUGAAUUUAGUAGCGCCCUUAGAUAUUUCUGUAGAAGAAAUGUUUGCCAAGAAGAUGUCGGAUGCCGAGAUCAUAGAUCAGACCAUGAACCAGGGCGGGGAAAUAGUUGAUAAGGAAGUUGCCCACCAGGUUAAGGAAAUGCUUGAACUGAGCCAACUCACUGGGGUCUCCAUAGAUGAUGACAUUGAUAUGGAAAAGUGGCCAAAAAGUUGAGCAUCUGCUUCGCAAAGUUGGUAGGUUAAGUAUCGCAAACAUGGGCAGAUAACGUUAUGAUUCCAAAGUACUUAAGCAUUUAAUAAUUUGUAUAUUAAUUUAAAAAUUUUUUACAAACGCCGCAGUACAAAUUUAU